UUAACCUUUAGAUUUUGACUAAGCUUAACCUAACGUUUAUUGUGUGUAGAUAAAUCUUCAGAUUUUAUUGAAACACAACUUUUGACACGUUUUGCUCAUAAUCUCCCUUCCUUAAACCCAAAACAUACUCUUCUUAGAUUUUCACUCCCCAAAAACCUAUAUAAGAAGACACUCCACAACACAAAAGAUCAUAGCAACAAGAAGAUCUUAUACUUAAGUCUUAUCUUUCUAGGAGAAAAUCAACUAACUUCUUGAGAGAAAUGGAUACCUUGAAUGUUUUUGCAAAUGAAGACAAUCAAGUGAAUGUUGUGAAGCCCCCACCACGAGUAUGUCCAAGGUGUUAUUCCGAUCAAACAAAAUUCUGCUACUUCAACAACUACAAAACGUCUCAACCACGCUACAAAUGCAAGGACUGUCGUAGAUACUGGACUCAUGGUGGAGCUUUAAGGAACAUACCAAUCGGUGGAAGUUGCCGUAAAUCCAAGCUUCCAAAGAUUGAUCAAUCUUCAGUUUCUCAAAUGGCUUCUGUUGAGAUUCAACCGAGUAAUCAUCAACCUCUCAGCGAAAAUCAAGAAAACAUUUCAGUUAAUGCUUCUUCUUCAUCUGCUGCUAUUGGGAACCAUUUCGGUUAUUUUAGUGAACUGCAUGGAGUAGCAAAUUUGUCUCCAACUCGAAGUUUUCUAACAAUGGAUCACUUAGAUUUCGGUGACGAAUCAUUUCAACAAGAUUUAUAUGAUGUUGGUUCUAAUGAUUUGAUUGGUAAUCCUUGGAUAAACCAAUCAAUUGGUGGAAAUAUUGAUAAUCACAACGAUCAACCCAAGUUGCAAUAUGAAUAUGAAUCAUAGAGCAAUAGCGAGUAGACGCGGAGGAUCUUCAGAUACUGAGAUGAACAAGAUUCAGAAACAUGUUUAUUUAGGUCUUCUUAAAUUUUAACCGUAUUAUCCGUUCUCUAUUUCUUAAGUUUAAGUUUCUGUCAUUGUUCGUUUUCGCUUCUUUUUUACAUUUUAGUUUUGUUUAUGGUUUCGGUUGGUGUUUUUUUUAGUUAUUAAAGUUUGCACCUUUGUUCAAUUCCCUAAAAAAUCAAACAUAAGUUGUUUUAUCUUUUUUCUUUCUAAUAUAUAAUUAUCUAAGUGUCACUAAUUCGUUGUACUACAAAUUUCCUCACUAAUGUGUCUUAACUUGAGCCAAACAACACACUAAUAUUUUAGAAUAUUAAAAUAUAUAACGUGCAAAUAUUUAGAGCAAAGAAAAUUUCUACGUCGGAAAAGUAUUUAAAGCAUACGCUCUCCCUUCUCUCUAACCUAGAUCUAGAUCUUUGCUCGAUGUCGCCUCUUCGGCUUUCCCUUUCAGCACCAGGGAAGGAUUCUCUUUCAUUAGCUGGUCCUCCUUAGAUGUCAUCUUGUCUGUUGUGCUCUAUCUUCAGAAGAUUACGGUGGUCCUUGUUUUUAUAUGGCCUCUGGUUGGUGGUUGGAGUCUUCCGGCGCGUGGAUCCGAGGAGAUGUUUGGUGGUGGUCGUAGGAGGUUCAUCGACUCGGUUCCUCGAGGACAGCUCUGUUCGUUUUUUCAAUGGUUUGGCUCAACUAGUUGUUGGGAUCAGACGUUCGUCUUCGUGUUCAUGGUUGGCAAAUGACGGUUGGGGCCUCAUAAAUAGAUUUUAAGAGUACCUAAGAAGUCUCUGUUUUUGGUGUUUCCACAACUCGACGUGAGUUUGUGACGUUUGUUUGGUUCUACAGGGUUUCGACUCUGAAACAACAAGCUGAUGUUGAACACAUCCAGUUGAUGUCAACAUGAGUCUGUAUCAUAAGUUUGCGAGGUACUGACGUGGCGCGUUCUUGGUGUGGUUGUUCAUUCGAAGAUUCACUAAAUAUUCUCCGAAUCAACAUAUGGAAAGGAUAAAAGUUGAGGAGCAAGUUUAUUCCGUUUAUGGAUAUUUUUGAAGAUCUACUAGGAUUUUCGUGAUAUUGCUAGUCGUGGAAGGUCAUCGAUCGUGUGGUCAACACUUGGACUAUUGCUUGGGUAAUCAUCAAAGAAGCUACAGAAUGGGCUUCAAAGAAGACAUCAUAUGGGUUGUCAUCAGAAAUUUGUUUGUUUCCUUCAGCAAGUUGGGUGGUCUAAUAUACACAC